AUGGACCCCAACUGCUCCUGCACUGCUGGGGGCUCCUGCACUUGCGCUGGGUCCUGCAAAUGCAAAAAGAGCAAAUCUACCUCCUUCAAAAAGAGCUGCUGCUCCUACUGCACCAUGGGCCCUGCCAAUUGUGCCCAGGGCUGCAUCUGCAAAGGGGCAUCAGAGAAGUGUAGCUGCUGCAGCUGA